GAAUCGGCAAAGGAAAAAGCGGUUGCCACUUGCUAUGACAGAGGAAACAACUGCCUCUGUCGGUCUUCUUUGUUAGUGUUUCUACUCCAGUCGCUACUGCGAAACAAAACUCUCUUUCCCCUCUCUAUCCAUGCCAAAAUUCUACUAGCUCCGGUAGCAUCUGCCAUGGGAAUACCUUCUUUCUUCAGUUGGCUCGUGUGCAAGUACCCAAACAUCGUCUCCUCUGCCUACGAAAGCGAUGAUGACGACGACGAAGAAGAAGGCGAUGACACUGCCAAAGAAGAAAACAACAGCGCUGACAAAGAAGACGAACACGAUGGCAAAGAAGAAGAUGGUGAGAAAUCAUCCGCGACCGGUUCCAGUGAGGAGCGCAUCAUCUUCGACAACCUCUACCUUGACAUGAAUGACAUCAUCCAUACUUGCUCCAGCCCGAAAAACAGAAAGUUUUUGUCGCACAUGGUUGAUUACAUAGAUUUCUUGUUCUGGAUCGUCAGGCCGAGGAGGCUCCUUUACUUGGCAGUUGAUGGUGUUGCCCCUCUCGCCAAAAUGAACAAGCUGCGACAGGGUUACUUCAAAACUACCAAGGAUGAUACAGAUUCGGAGGUUGAAGCGAAGCUCUUGACAGACAUAUUCAAAGCUCAAGGGAAGGAGGUGGAACCGCGAGAGACAUACGAGUUUCAAGAUCCUACUGUCAUCAUGCCAGGCACAAAAUUCAUGGAGACAAUAUCAGGAGCAUUGGAGUACUACAUCCGCCGUCGAAUCAGUACUGAUCCCUGGUGGAAAGACAUCAAGGUGAUAUUAUCUGAUGCAAAUGUUCCUGGAGAAGGGGAGGACAAGAUCAUGUCUUUCAUUCGUGCACAACAGAGCAUGGAAAGCUAUGAUCCGAACACUCGUCAUUGUAUAUAUGGGCAUGAUGCAGAUCUGAUUAUGUUGGCUUUGGCGUCUCACGAAGUUCAUAUUUCGAUCUUGCGGAAGAAACCACAUUCAACAGGAGCAAGUCCCAAGGGCAGGCCACCCAAUGAACCGCAUCAGUUCCUAAACGUAUGGGUUCUGAGAGAGUACUUGGAGCUUGAAAUGGCGGUACCAGCUUGGAAACAUGACACUGAGAGGCUAAUAGAUGACUUCAUCUUUAUUUGUUUAUUGAUGGGAAACGAUUACAUUCCACGGAUUCCCUCACUUGAGAUACAUGAAUUCGCAGCUGAUCUCCUCAUUCAAGUGUACAAAAUAACUUUCAAAGAAAUGGGAGGUUAUAUUGUCAACACAGAAAAAAUCGAAGAUAAACAUGCUGCGUACCUCGAUGUCUCAAGGUUGGAGAAGUUCUUGCAGGCACUGUCCUUGAGUGAAGAGAAAAUUUUCCUCAAAAGAUUUGAACUGCGGCAGAAGUUGCUGUGCAGGAUACAACGUCAAGCUGCAGAAAACAAAUGGAAGGAAAGAAACUCUGACAAUGUGGAAGAAAGCCCCGAUGGCUCAGACCCAGCUUCGAAGAUGGUUUUGACACAAGGCAGUACUUCUACUUGCAUCUCUGAUAAGUCCGAUGUUGAAAUGAAUACCGCAGAGCUCUGGAGAAAUGUGGAUGAUAUUCUAAAAGAUAAGGAUGAUCUUUUUAAAAAUGGAGCCUGUAGCCAUGACAGGAUAAGACUGGGCUCACCAGGAUGGAAACCCCGAUUCUACAGAGAGAAGUUUAGUGCUGAAACUUGUAUCGAAAUCGGAAGGAUACAGACUGAAAUGGUUCAGAAGUAUUUAGAAGGAUUAUGUUGGGUGCUUCAAUGCUACUUUUCCGAAGUACCGUCAUGGAACUGGUACUACCCAUUUAAUUAUGCUCCUUUCGCAUCUGAUCUCAAACUUCUGGAUCAAUUCAAGAUAUCUUUCACCAUGGGAAAACCAUUAAAACCAUUUGACCAGCUAAUGGCGGCUUUGCCACCAGAAAUGCAUGUCCUGUCAUGUGCCCUUCCAAAAUGUUACAGUAAAUUAAUAGGCUGCAAAGAGUCUAUAAUACAAUUGUUCUAUCCGCCAGAGCUUGAAAUCGAUGCAGACGGGAAACGUUUCUUGUCACAAGGUAUUGCAAAGUUACCAUUCAUAGAUGAGAAACUGCUGCUUUCAGCCACCAAAACGGUCGAGAAAGAUCUGACGGUGGAUGAGAUGGUACGGAAUACUAUUCGGCAAGAGAGGAUCUUUCUGAGGAACUCAAACAAUCUGGCAAAUGCUGCAGCAUUUGUUGCACUGUCUGACGACUCGCAGGAAAAGCUUCCGAUAUCCACUAGUGAUAUCAGCGGAUGGUUAUCUCCAGAUGUUGGUGCUCCAAAUAUCUUCUUUAACCGUUUACGGGCCAUCAAAGACGACCAGACGAUAUCAGCAGUGUUUUUCAACCCCGAGGCAGUGAAGCCGAUCCCCAGACUGCUGGACAAUGUCAUCCUACCUGACAAGACGGUAACUGAAUCUGACAUUCCGAAGAGGCCGCUGUGGUACACGUACCCAGGCGCAAGGCUGCCGCUGGUCACCCGAAAGCCAGAUAACCUGUGGAAGGCGAGCUCGCCGGCGAUGCCGAAGGAGGAGGUGAAGAACGGCGGAACGGGGUGGUUGGGUCGGGGCAGAGGAAGCGUCGCUGCCGUGGCCAUCGCCGCCGAGACGCAGCAGAUCGGGAGGAGCAGCUGCGGGAGGGAGAAAGGUGACGCCGAGACGCUGCCGCAGAGGAGCGGCGGCGGCGGCUACGGGAGGGGUUCCCACGGGGUGGCCGCGACGCAGAGCCGAGGCGGCAGGUUCGACGGCGGCGACGGCGGUGCGUACAGCUCCCGACCUGGAGGAGCUUGGGCAGGAGGCGGCAGUGCGGUGCAGAGGGAGCCGACAGCGUGGCGGCCGGCGGGGGCGUGGGCGAGAGGAGGCGGCCGUGGCGGUGGCGGUGGCAGGAGCGGGCAGCCCCGUGCUUGGUAGACCUAUUUUUUCUUUGGAAUGUGUAAAACUGAUGAAUCGAUGUUGCCGUAUCUUUCUACAGUAUAAUUUUUAAACGU